AUGGACAAUCUUUACAUUUAAGAAAUUCGAUAGAGAUAUCAUUCCUCCAUGACCUAUUAAGAAUAUUUAGAUACCUAUGAUAAGCCACCUCCAAAACCUUAUAUUAGACCAAAAGAGUCUCCUUAAAUACUCGAUCCCUUAAGCCUCGAGCCACCUAAAGGGCCAAAAAUAUAAUAAUAAAAAUUGACAGUUUAUUCUCCAGAGGAUGUCAUUUUUGAAGAGUCAGAAACUGAUGAGAAACUUAGGCCUGCUAAUCACAUUCCCUGUUUAAAGGCAUUGAAAGAAUAUAAUGUUAGAAUAAGAAGUUAGAGCGAGAACCUAGGUUUUUCCGUAUUUAGAUUUUUAUAGUAAAAGAAGAAUAAAGCGUCAUGAUCCAAAUAUUUCAUAUAAUAAUUUUCUUUUAACACUUCCCUGU